CCUCGCUUUCUCCCCCACCCUCGGUGCGCUUUUUGAGCCCGUGGAGCCUCCGUAGCACCCCCAUGGUCAUAGAGAGCCGGAGCGCCGGCCCGACCAAGAGAGAGAGACCAUCUCUAUGGUCGCCGCGGAGAUGCGGUCGGUCAGUUAUGUGCAGCGGGUGGCGCUCGACUUCAGCGGGAGCCUCUUCCCCCACGCCAUAUGCCUGGGAGACGCCGAUAACGAUACGCUGAACGAGCUAGUGGUGGGGGACACCAACGGGAAACUCUGCGUGUACAAGAAUGACGAUAGCAAGCCCUGGGCCGUGCGCUCCUGCCAAGGAAUGCUCACCUGCGUUGGUGUUGGGGACGUGUGCAAUAGAGGAAAGAAUCUGGUUGUUGCCGUGAGUGCCGAGGGCUGGUUUCAUCUGUUUGACCUGACUCCUCCACCCUCAAAGCAUCCAGAUGCAUCUGGCCACCAUGAACCCCCACCGGCAGAUGAGCAGAAGCCGGUGUUCAAGCAGCACAUUCCUGCCAACACCAAGGUCAUGCUGAUCAACGACAUUGAUGGAGAUGGGAAGUUCGAGCUGGUGGUGGGUUACACGGACCGUGUGGUGCGAGCCUUCCGCUGGGAGGACCUGUCUGAGAGCUCCGACCACAUCUCCGGCCAGCUGGUGCUGCUGAAGAAGUGGCUGCUGGAGGGGCAGGUGGACAGCCUCUCUGUGAACCCGGGCUCUGAUGGUGCUCCCGAGAUGAUGGUGUCCCAGCCGGGCUGUGGCUAUGCUAUCCUGCUCUGCACCUGGAAGCCGGACCAGCAGCCCCUAGCAGAGGGAGGAGACAGCUCUGCAACCAGCAGGGAGGCCCCAGUUCGGGACGUUAUCCUUCACCAGACGUCUGGCAGGAUUCAUAACAAGAACGUUUCCACUCAUCUAAUUGGCAGCAUUGGCCGAGGCUGCACUAAAGCGGAUGCUGGCUCGGGCCUCUUUGCCCUCUGCACUCUGGACGGAACGUUGAAGCUCAUGGAGGGGGCGGAUAAGCUGCUGUGGUCUGUGCAGGUCGAUCACCAGCUCUUUGCUCUGGAAAAACUGGAUGUUACUGGCAACGGGCACGAGGAGGUGGUUGCCUGCGCCUGGGAUGGCCAGACGUACAUCAUCGACCACAAUCGGACUGUGGCCAGAUUCCAAGUGGACGAGAACGUUAGCGCGUUCUGUGCCGGCCUCUAUGCAUGCAAAGGAGGCCACAACAGCCCCUGCCUGGUUUACGUCAGUUUCAACCAGAAGAUCUACAUCUACUGGGAUGUGCAGCUGGAGAGAAUGGAAUCCACCAACCUGCUGAAGAUACUAGAGACCAACCCAGAAUACAGGGACCUUCUGCAGCAGCUGGGCGUGGAGGGAGAUGAUGUCUCGGCUGUCAAAGAUCUGAUUCACAAGACCCUGUACUUCCCAGAAAAGCAGCCACAGAACAGCCCUUGCCAACAUCGGGGCCCUGCUGGAGCAGACUCCUCCAGUCACUCCACCAGUGCCCAAGACUUGUGUACGUAAUAGCACCUCUUCUCACAGUAGUGACCCUUCUUUAGGUGUUGGCUACAGUCAGUCAUUCAUGUUGCACCAAGCUCAGUCUGUAGCCAGGAUCAAUGAGAUCCUUCCCUCCUUGUCAGUCUAGGCUUCCAGCAAGCUAGCAGCAGCAGACAAGCCACUGUGUUAGAAUUAGCCUUCAGGUCAGGGCUGAGGUAAGGUGAGCGCUCGGAUGCUGGUUUUAUCAUUGAGGGGUGGUGAGUUCGUUGCCCCUUUAGUUGAAGCAAUGAGGGUCCAGUUCCUUCUGUUCUCUGGGGUGCCACCAUUAGAAUUAAACUCUCAGCAGCCAUGUUCUCUGCUGGUCAAAGAGUUGUGCUUGUGAAGGGGAAACAGAGAGUAGCAAACUUGAGUCUAGUCUUGGUACGUUAUUUGUGCAGUCCCUGUGGAGCUGAUUCCCUGAGUUCCUAGCAGCUUAUGAAUGGGGGAUUCGCUGGGGGUAGAGAGGGCUUUAUGAUUGUUCUGGAUUUUUUAUCACAUGUCCAUAUGCAUGAAUCACUAAAUAGACCUGCAGCAUUACCCCUGCUUCAGUUCUGACACUCCCCUUGAUCCUAGGCCUCCUCUCACAGCAGCAGCUUUCAUUCACACACACAGCUGAUUUGUUUCCCGUGGUACUAAUAACAGGGAGGUGUGUGGCUGAUGCCUGAAGAAAACUAGGCAGCUCCAGCAACAGUGCUGGCAAAAGGAACCCAAACUGCUCUUGCUAGGAAUGCAAUCAGGAGAAAGUUGAACCCUCAUUCUGGUUGGUCACAUAAAGACUGUGGGCCAAGCUCAUCCCUGGGAUGACUAUUUAUACCGAGCAGUCAAGAACUGGACAAUAAAUCGAAUCCAUUCUAAACGUUGUUCUCUGAUGAUGACCAGCCUUGCAACCAGCCACUGUGCCUUGCACAUCUUUAGCAGCUGCAGUAAUGCUACUCUGCCUUCCGCCACUGGCUACCUGGAACAGCUAGAAAGAGCAUCAUUUUGCUUUCCAACCCUGCACAUGUGUAAUAGCUAGGAGGAGCAGGCACUCCACUUUCUGCAACGGCAAAGCUUGGGGGCAUGCCACUCCAGGUCCAGCACUGCACAGGGGGAAAGGUGGCACUGCUCUGCUCUCUCCAGCCCUUGUACAUCUCUGACUGCUUUGCCUCCUUCAGUCCUGCGCCAGUCUCAACUCAUUAAGACGAGACCAGCAGGCAAACCUGCUGCUCUGCAUCCAUUAUCGUCUCUCAUCCAUGCAAUGUUUUAUUUAACACGCAUAAUGGAUGGAGCUUUCCUCCCACGCCCCACCACAGAGAGAUUUGGAUCUGACUCAGAGCAAAUAUAAUUAAUUCAAUGAUAGCCCUUAGGAAAUGAUAACAUAUAAGGAUCCCACAAGCUGUUGGGUUCCUGCUGUGCCAUGUUCUGAAGAACACCCUUGAGCACCUCAGCAGGGAGACUGAAUUCCCCACUCAUUUCAGGAGAGUGGAAGUGCCUGCCUGCUGGGGUAGAAGCCUAGGGUUGGAACAGACAGACUUGGGUCGGGGGUGCGGUGUGGAGCAUCUGAUUAUUAGACAAUAAACCUUAGCUCCUGUGAGUACGUUCUGUCCAUAGAUCUCAAAGUGUUUUAGAAAGGAAGGUUCUCCCCAUUUCUCAGAUAUGGAAAUUGAGGCACAGAGGGGUAAAGUCUCCUGCCAUGGGCCACACCAAGGAGUCGGUGACAGAACUGGGAACAGAAGUAAGUGUUCCUAAUUCCCAAAUCUUGUGCCUUCUCCACCAGACUCUGCUACAUGGCUACAGAGAAAAAGGGUUUUCUCUCCCCCAUGUAACCAGUACAGGGGACAGCAUUAUGGGUAUAAUUUUCAAAAGUGCUUAAGGCCCAGAAAUCAGUGCGGGUUAUGUCCCUGAAUACCUUGUAAGGGUCUGGGCCUAAGUAAGUUAAGAACUCAAGUCCCAUUGAUUUUUGAAAAUAUUGCAGUCUAUAGACAGGGAAGGUUUGGGGUUUUGCGGCACAAACUGAAACCAGGGCUGUAGGGCUUAGAAUCAUCUGUUGGGAAGAAUCAGCUGGUCUAUGGGAAGCAUCUGGUAAGGGGAUGAAGCCUUGGGGAUUGUUAUCCAAGGGUAUGUCUUACUAGAACAUGCCCUAGAACACAAUACCGAGCAGGACUUUGCAGGUGCUGUAAACAGGGACCGGCCAUGUUUCACACCACGCCAGCUGGUGAUGGCGUAGUGGGAACCACUCCUCAGGGCUGUGUUUUUAACUUUCUGUCAGUUUCUAGCAGAUAUGAGACCCCACAAGGUUAUAAAACAUGCCAUAGUUUAGCACCCUCAUGCUACCUCCAGGUUCCAAGCCCGUUAUGGUCUCCAGCCCCAGCACAGUCAGACCUUGCAGAAGACUCAAUGAUCAUUAUUUCCAGCACAGCCAAAACUCGGCACUCCCAGCGUGGCUUCUGAGGCUGAGCAUUGAACAGUAGUAUAAUUUCAUCUCUGUAAAAGUGGUGGAGAAAGCUCCUGCCACAGAUGUUGGUCUGAUCUAGGGUUGCCAACUGUCUAAUCACACAAACCAAACACGCUUGCCCUGCCCCUUCCCCAAGGCUCCGCCCCUGCCCUGCCCCUUCGAGGCGCUGUCCUGCUCACUCCAUCCCCCCUCCCUCCAUUGCUCACUCUCCCCCAUCCUCACUCACUUUCACCAGGCUGGGGUUGGGGGGAGGGAGGGAGGGGGUGUGGGCUCUGGGCUGGGGCCGAGGGGUUCAGCGUGUGGGAGGGGGCUCUGGGCUGAGCCUGGGGUAGGGCGUUGGAGUGCAGAUGGGGGGUGCAGGGAAGCAGGCUCUGGGAGGGAGUUUGGGUGCAGGAGGGGGCUCUGGGCUGUGGUAGGGGGUUGGGGUGCAGGAGGGGGUGCGAGGUGCAGGCUCCAGCCAGGAGGCGCUUACCUCUGGCAGCUCCUGGUCGGUGGCGCAGUGGGGCUAAGGCAGGUUCCCUGCCUGCCCUGGCCCCGUGCCACUCCCAGGGCAGGCAGGGAGUCUGCUUUAGCCCCGCUGCGCCACAGGACUUUCAGCCCCUAAAAUGUCCCGGUUUGGCUUCAGUAGCCUCUGGGAAAUAGGGCGUGAUUCCAGGAGACUCCUGCUGAAACCGGGAGGAUUGGCAACCCUAGUCUGAUCCCAGGGAACGUUCACGCAAGUCCCUGGAGUGGAAUAAAGUGGCAAAAAUAGCUACAUUCCCCACAAGCACCCAGAGGAGCUCUGAAGGAGCCUGUGCUGUUACAGAGGGGGAGAAAGGUUCUGCUGCAUGGGUCAGAUGGUUUCAAUUUUUUGUAUUUUCAAACCAGUGAAAGUGGCACUGAGAGAGACUCCAGUGGAGCUGGGCUCUGCUAAGCAGAUUUUCUACAUAGGCUUCCUCAGUGCACCUCUGCCAAUGCACCUCUUUCCUGACUUGUGGCACCCCCUGCUAUGUUACUCCAGAGUAUGGAAGGCCAAUCCUACAGGACUCUGAUGAUUUUGUGAUGUGGGCACAUAGCCGCUUGUGACAGAAAUGAGCCCGCUCCCUGCAUUUGGCAUGCAGUUACACACAGAAAUACACAUACUCCCAGUUCCACACAUGCUCUUUUGCAGGGGCAUCCUUACCCAUAUGCAAACUAUGCAGCUGUGUAGGGCACCAGGAAAUUUGGGGCACCAAAUUGUGCCAAAUUUCCUCGUGCCCUAUGCAGCUGCGUGCUGCUCCAGCAGCCAGCCCGAUCCCCCGGCCGGCUAAGCUGGACAGGAAAGCUGCUCCCGCCCCGUGUCCACUCCACCCCUUCCCCAUAGCCCCUGCCCCUGCCCCGCGUCUUCCUACCCCUGCUCCACCCCACCCCCACUCCACCCCUUCCCCUGAGCUACGCCCCAGGGGACUGCAGCAGGGGUUGGGAGCACCUUGUACUCAACGGGCAGCAGGAAGUGGAGUGUCCCGGCCCCAGACUGCUCCGCUCUGCUGGCUCCCAGCAGCGCCACUGGGAACUUUCCCACAGGAAGCGCAAGCCCUCUCCAGCUGCUACCUCUGUCACUCAGGCCAGGAGAGGGUCAAGCAUUGAUAUGGGAGCUAAGCUUUGGGACAGCAAGGGCAUCUGUUCUGAGCGCAGAGAACAUGAUCUUCUCUGCCUCCUGCAUCACUGAGGAGAGCUGGGAAUGAAGAGGAGACAGGACAAGAAAUGCAGUGCGAGAGAGAAGAUGAACUGGACAGAUGAGGCCCCAUCUAAAGUCCUUCCAGGGCACAUUCCUUCGUAUUACAUAAACUCCGGAGGACUGACACCAGCUGCCCUAUUACACACUGCAGUGGAAGAUACACAAGCCCCGUGGGCAAGAAUGAGGAUGGCUCUUCAGUGGACGGCAACACCUACACGGGAAGCACAGAAGUGAGGAAUGACGCACUACACUGGAGAAUAGAGGAGUCGUUCAUUCACACUCUGAGAGAAGAAUCCCUGUGUGAAGUAAAAAGCAGCCUACCCAUGACAAGACAACUAGAGGAGAACAGUCACCUUAGGAAUGGGGGAUGGAAGGCAGGUGCAGCCAAGCGCCAGCCAGCACCAGUCCCACCACUGUAAGCAUGGACGUUUGACAGCAGUAGCGAGAGUGGGCAAAAAAACCCUGUGGAGAGCAGGGGAGACUGGCACCACAGAAGCCCAAGGCUAGCAGAAUCACUAACCUUUGGAGCAAUGCGUACACGCUUGCUGCUCCGGAUAGACUCUGAGCCACUGAGGGAGGCUCCCUGGGCCAUGGGCUGAGGCACCUUCAGGGAGGACUGCAGGAUGAGAGGUUGGCUCACAGGAAACUGGAUUGGAACCAGGUAGGAGCUGACGCGAGGAAGCAAAGGCUUCAUCUUUCGGCCUGGAAGGGAAGAGACUGGAUCAGCUAGCGUCUUGCUCUGGGGAGCCUCUUCAUCUCCCCCCACCACACGCCAGGCACUAGACAGUCAAGAGAUGGGGAGCUUGAACCAUCCUCAUUCCCAGAAAAUAACUAACUAAUUCCAGGGAGGGGCUCACCCUGCCCCUGCCUUUUCUGCAUAGUUAUGGGGAUGCAAGUCCUGAGCCGAAACCCAGCAGAACCCAGGAGCUCCAGUUAACAACCACCCCCAACUCAAGGUGUCUUGGGUUGGGAUACUGCUCCCCACAGAGCUCAGCUCCUACUCCCUUUGAGCACCGGCCCCUGUAUCAGGUCUCCCCCCCACCCCCAGACGUCUUCUCUCAGAUGCAGCAGCCCUGCCCUCAGCUCCAAACCUGUCAGACAGGAGCGGCCAUGGCAAGCCUGCGAGCAGGCAAUGCUGGACAGCAAUUUCCAUUUCUUUUCCUACAGGCUGGGAAUGGCAGUUCGGGAUCAAGCGCCCAUCACCCUGGUUAGGGGACUGGCUGUCUUUCUGUCCAAGACAGAUGCACACACUCACGUGCAUUCUGCGGCUCAGUUUUGUUGCUGCUGUUGCCCCCUGUGUUCUUCUGGAGUUCUGGAAUGUGUCGUUUUUGCUGCUAUGGUCAUUGGGGGAUAAGAAAGAGGAGAAAAGAGAGUUAAAGAGAAGAACCCAUCUCUGUUCGACUGCCUCACUUAGGAAUGUGGAUCCAGAGGCCUGUGCUGAGCUAGUGCCGAGAGAGCAACCGUUACCACCCUGAGACCGUGUGCCACCUGCCAUUGCAUGCCCAUGACAUCCCUCUGCCAGCUGCCACACAAAAGCCUUGUGGAGGGUGAGCUGGCAUGAUGGAGCUUCUCCAGCUGUGGUCUCUGCUGCAGGAGAAAUGACCUGAUUUUGGUGUCCUCUCUGCCUGAGGAAAGGUGAACAGUACAGCUUUACAGCGUGUAGUGUCUUUCAUACAAACCAUAGCCCAAAAUGCUCAAGUGGAACAGCAGAGCGAAAGAGGAAUUGAAGAUCUAAGCAGGUGAAAAGAGGGAUGCGGUUGGAAAGGAAAUGGAGACAAGUCUGGCUAGCUGCUUGCACAUCUGUUAUCGCUAUACUGCUGGAGGUGAAGGAGGCAGCACCAACUUCCAUCUGGCCAAGAGUCAUGGUGCUUCCAGGGAGAAGAAAGCAGUGCACAGAGAUUUUGCCCUUCCUGAAGCCACAGCCCAGAAAGGAGAGGAGCUGCUGCCAGGGAGGGUUGUACCUGAAACUUCUGGCUGGGUUUGUUCUCUGGAGACACAUUUCAUGCCAAUAUGCAGCUGCCGGCACCUCGCUGCGCCUAUAGAUAUGCGCAGGUAGCUGUUAUAUACUUCUGCAAAUAUCCAUCCAUCAUUAUCGGGUCUUCACCAGCUAGUGCAUUUUCUGCAGCAGUUAGAAACUUGGCCCUCCAUUAUAUCAGGCAUGCCUCCUUCCCCAAAAAGGUGUGCAAGGAGCUAUUGGACUGGCAGCUGCGGUGACUCAUUCCCCCUCCCCAAGCAUCCUGUCCUUUCCUGCAAUCACUGGCAAAAGGAAAAGCAGCCCAAGCCCCGAGUCAGAGGGAAAGUCUUACUGAUUCAGAGUACUCAGGCGAUGUUGGUGACCCCGCAUCCAGCGGCUGGUGGCAGCAAGGCAUCAGGAGGGAGAAAAAUAAGAGGAAGUUACCAACCAAAGGGGGAAAAAGUAUGGGACAUUAACCCUUGCACAAAGUUCCCAAGUAGGAACAUCCAGCUGCCCACCCACCAGGGAGAAAACACAGGAAGCGUUCACCCUGCCUGCUCUGAAAAUCAUUGCAGCAAGAGAAGGUCUCCAUUCCUUUCACAAAGGGACCCCUUCCACAGCCCCCAGGUGACACAAGGCAAUUCUGCCUGCAUGGCUGGUCAAACACAACUAUGCAGUGCAUUAAAGGCCCAACCCAACUCUCAUUUAAGUCAAUGGGAGUCUUUCCAUUAGCUACCAUGUGAGUUUGCAUCAGUCAAAACAGCUGGUUGAAAGCUUAUUCUACCUCUUUCACUAUUCACAUUGCUACGCUGCGCCUGGAGAGCCCUGUUGCAUCAAAGGUGCUCCAGCCCAUCCAGGCUACCUCCAGCUUCAAAACAGGGAACCCGCUACUUGUAAAGUUAAUAGUGACUUUGUUCUCUAGAAGUUGGACUGAGGCCACAUGCCAAGAGGGCUUCACCUCCCUGUUGAAAUCAGAUGCAACCAGAUGUCCUGGCAUUCCGGAAUUGGGAAGGCUACCUGUUUUCCUUCCCAGGAGCCCCUCACCUUGAACACUUGGUCCAGCGUCAGAUAGCGAUUGGCAUCAGGGUGGAUCGUCCAGAAGGAGAUUUUACCAUUGGCAGACGUCUCCCGGACAAACAUAUCGUGAAGUGAUAGAUUGUGUCGAAUGGAGUUCUAGGUGGAGAGGAAAGAUCUUAAUAGGUUUUUGGUAACCAAGCAUAGGUAGGACCCUAAGACACUAACCCAGGCAGGGGAAUGCCCCCCUGGCAGACCGCGGCCCUUCAUGCUCACCUGGUACCCAGUUAUAUCCCCAUCACUAAAGUCCCUUAAUGCCCCCGCCAAAGAUAUUCCAGCUUCCUGCCCAGUAACCAGCCAGCCCUCUCCCCUGCCUGAGAGGAGUUGAGAGAGGAUGCUAGGGUGUUUGAGAUGGAAAACGGAAUAUCAGGAAUUGAAGAGGGCCCUUAGUUUGAAACUAUUUUCCAUCCUGUUUCAUGGGCUGCUUGUUCCUUUGGAUGAAGGAAAAAAAAAAAAAAAAAAAAGCAAUUCUCCAAGCAAGCAGCCCCCUCGUGUGAGGGCUGGUCUAUACUAACGCUG